UCUGCUGGUAACCUUUUCUUCGCUGCUUCUUGUUCCGGCCAAUAAGGCGCGAAGUUACUCAGCUCAGGUAGCGUUGCGAUUACAUCGAGGUGGUCGUUUAUUCGGCUACACGUGGAAAUUUUCUCUUGUCGAACUCGCACGGGAUCUUUUCGUACAGCGAGGAACAAUGGCAGAAAAACCGAUGUGGGAGCAAAUCGGCAGCGGGUUCGUGCAACACUAUUAUCAGCAGUUUGAUACAGACCGCGUGAAGCUCGCCGACCUGUAUACUGAUGCUUCCUGUUUGACGUGGGAAGGAGAGGGAUUUCAAGGGAAGAACGCAAUCAUGACCAAAUUAAGUAGCCUUCCUUUUCAGACCAUUCAGCACAUCAUCACCGCUCAGGACCAUCACCCCACUCCAGACAGCUGUGUCAUGAGCAUGGUCAUGGGCCAGCUUAAAGUAAGACUGCAUUUACUAAAAACAGUUCUGUUUCGUUAGACAGCUGUCAAAACGUAGGUU